GUACUUUUCGCUUUGCGGUAGACUGAUGCUGGCCAAAAAUUAGGAAUCUGACACUUUGGAAUUCCGGUGUUUUUGACGGUUCCUCAUUUUAUCAAUCUGGAGAACUCGAGUUUUUGAGAUUGGAGUAAAUUUACGCAAAGAUGCCUAAACGGACUUACAAAAAAGCUAAGGGCCCGGGAGGUAAAACCCAGGGAAAAAAACUCGAAGGAGUCAAGAAACCCAAGGCCGCCACAGCUACAAAGGUUUCAAAUGAAACAGCCCCGAAAGGCGCUGCCAAGGCAGCUCCAGUCAAAGCCGCAGGAGGAAAGACCUCGCAGGCUCCUGCCAAGAAGCCAGCCUCGGCCGCGGUAACGAAGGCACUGAAGACCAAGCAGGCUAUCAAGAAGGGAACAAUCACUACACGGAAGCGUAAGAUUCGAACUAACAUUACCUUCAAAUUGCCCCGCACCCUCAAGACAGCGAGGAAGCCAAAGUUCCCGCGAAAGAGCGUUCCGCAUCGUCCAAGGAUGGACAAAUUCGCAGUGAUCGACCAUCCAAUCACAACAGAAUCCGCAAUGAAGAAGAUUGAAGAGAAUAAUACGCUUGUUUUUCUGGUACAUUUGAAAGCCUCGAAACCCCAGAUUAAGCAGGCGGUGAAGGCCAUGUAUGAUGUGGAUGUUGCGAAAGUUAACACCCUGAUCCGGCCGGAUGGGUUCAAGAAGGCUUAUGUCCGCCUUUUACCUGACUUCGACGCAUUGGAUGUGGCUAACAAGAUCGGAAUAAUCUAAAUUUCUACCCUAUAUUCAAUUUGGGAAAAUAAAGUUUUGGAUUUGUCUUG